CAUCCGUUUCUCGGAAACAGAAAGAACUUUCAGGUUGAGCGGAAAUUCCCGGAAAAAUCUGAUGUCAUUUUAAUCGCCUAAAAAUUGCUUAGCGAAGCGAUUUUCAUCAGCAAGUUACGCGGGAACUGAAGAUUUUAUCCCUGUCUUCCAGUCAACAAAAAGUGUAGAUAUUUUUGUUCGGAAAGGGAAAGUCGAUAAACUGGUGGCCAGUCAGAAGAGAACUUUUGUCACUAUUACUUGUAGCCCUCGAACAGCUGAUCGCCGUACUAAGUUCAAAGUGAAUUUGUCAAAGACGUGACCCUAAAUGUCUCUUGUUGAAAGAAAUUGGUGAUCAUGGAAAUCGAGGACAGCGCCGAGGAUUCCUCAGCCUCCGAAACCGAAACAGAAACCCAACCGGAAGAUCGAAAAAUCACCGCUCGCCCUUACCAAGUAGAGUUACUGGAAAGAUCUCUGGAAAGAAACACAAUCGUUUGUCUCGGAACGGGAACUGGAAAAACAUUCAUCAGUGUAAUGCUAAUAAAGGAACUCUCACACCAGAUCAGAGAAACCUACAAAAACGGUGGAAAAAGAACUUUCUUCCUUGUAAAUACAGGUUAGAAAUUAAGCUUCAGAUUGUUUACGUUUCGGUAUAAAUGCUAGGGGUGGAGUAGGGGUUUGUAAGGUUUUUAGGGGUAGGGAGUCAAUGAACUUUUCGUUCACACCAAAAUGUCUGCCGCCGUCCGAUGAGUGCAAUUUCGUCUCACAAUAUACACGAUCUGAAAUUGCAGUGGAUGGAGAUUUUUUUUGCACUUGCAAGACAAGAUAAGAUGACUUUAUUAUAUCGCAUCAGAAUAUCUCUAAAUUGACAGAAAACGCGUAGCCCCAACUGCGGAACUUAAAUACUCUCUUAGCUUAACGCUUCUGUUCUUUAAGUUUCUAAUUUCCUUGUUAUUUUAUUAUUAUAUGAUCAUGACAUUUUGUAGUGUGAGCAUUCAGAGCAGUUUUGCUGAUAUAACUUAACGGGCAGCUCUUUCCUCUGAAGCUUUCUACAACCAUGAUUUUAAACAAUGUCUAUUUGGGGAUGCAGGCCAUCCAGAGGGCAACUUUUCAGUCCUGGGGCCCGUUUCUGGAAAGUCCCGAUGAUUAACGGGCCCCGUAAGCUGUCUCCGUUUACAUUAAAGAUCGAGGUAUCAAUAGUUUUACAUCUAGCAUGAUAAAAGUAUCAGUUAGCAGGGACCGCACAGCAAGUUUUCGAGUGGGGGGGCUAAAGAAGAAUGCGUGAAGGAAAAUUUUUUUGUGGGGCCGGGGGGUGGCAUGCUUGUGGAUUUCUAUUCAAUUUCUCUAAAGUGACGGAGAAUGCGAAUAACGAUAAAACUAUUGAUUUUUUUUCCACGUCUUCAGUGAUGUUGCUAUCGGGUCUGAAAAUUCACCAUCACUAAAUUGAAAUAUCAUAGAUUGUUAUGUUAUACUACUGAUAUCAACCUUUAAUUACUAUAAAUAAGCCAGAAAUCCAACGAUUUUGCUUGAGCUGCCUUGAACUCAAGGCUGUAUAAUUACUGAGCAAUUAUUGCACGAGGCUGAGUAUGAUAUGAAGAGUUAUGCAGAUCGAGGGGGUUAUCCGCCAAAGCCGAAGGCUUGAGCCCGGGGCAUAACACCCUCUGAGAUCUCUAUAUCUUCAUAUCAUACGAAAGCCGAAUUCAAUAAUUGUUUAAUUAUUCAUUCAAAAUAUUUACACGGCAAAACAAAACGGUAACUGAAAAUCAUUUAGUGAAUGAAAAUUCAAUUAUAGAACAGAUUCAGAAAAAAGUAGCAAAAAUUAUGCAGAGUUUACUCACCAGAUAAAGAAGGUUUUCCAUUUUGUUUGGAAAAGUAAUGAGAAAUUUUAAGAGAUCUCUUCUUUGCAUUACUAGUGGUAUGUGAAGUCUCGUCGUUCGUAUUUAUGUUGCCGUGUACCAUGUGCACUUCUUUGUUCCUAAUAACCGCCGGAUUGUAUGUUCCUUGAUGACCAGAGCUAUACACAAUUCUGCGGUUUAAGUACUUUCGAUGACAAAAUGUUUUUACAAACAGACCGCGUUCAACAAAACUUGCAAUUGGAAUGCUCAACGACAUCAAAAGACGGACUUCGCGCUGAUCGAGCUAAAAUCAGGACGCACAAUAACAAGAGAAACAAUAACUUCAUGAUCUUCCAAAAAUCAAGGUUGAUACUAAUAAACAAUUUGUUUUAGAAUCACCUUAUAAACUAAACCCAGUUAUUACUUUGGAUCGAAAUUGACCAAUUACGAAACAACGCGUUUUCCUGAGAGGUUCGCUGGAAAAAGAAGCCAUUUGAAAGACGUUUACCUCUGCUAGGUUAGAAGCGAAAAAAUGUUUUACAAUUGUAACGACUAAUGCUUCAUUCUGUUUAUUUAUCUGCGUGUUUGUCUUUGCCAGUAACUCUGGUCACUUUCGACUUAACGAUCUUUUGCUAUUUUUCACUCCGUUACUUCUGUUAAAUUAUUUUUUGUUUAAUUUAUUUUUAUUCUUGCAAAAAAGUGGGGGGGCUAAAGCCCCCCCAGCCCCUCCCUCUGCGCGGUCCCUGGUUAGUGAAACAAAAUGGAGUAGUCUGCUAGCCAGGACCAGCGCUCUUAUUCUUUAUAUUUCGAUUUGAAUAUUUGAUUUCGGGUCCGAAAAGUUACCGGGACUUUCGAGAAACGGGCCCCUGGUCUGGAAGGGGUUCGCAUGAUCUGUGAAUUGACCGGUAAACAGAGCGUGAAUCGGGCAAACUCAUGAAAUACAGAGAAAAUCAGAGAAUCGCCAGUUUGUUGGUCACCAUUCUUUUUGUUUCCUUCCUAUACAAGGCCAUUUAUGCCUGUAGUAGUCCAGCAACCACCAAGCUAAGAAUAAUUGAUGGCCUUGAUCAGUUCGUUACCAAAUGACAUGAUUCGUGAAUGUCUGGAAAUUUACCCCAUGUUUCGAGAUCCAGACACCCCCUUCCAGACCCUGUUUCAACUUGCUGUUUGAAAUGAGCUAAUCACAACCGAUACAAGUUCAGAGUAUCAUACUAGUGGCCUGUAAUUAGGGAAUUUCAAUCCAUCUUGUUUGCCUAGGAUGUCGAAAGAUGGAUGUUGAAUGAUAGCCAACAAUGUGUAACUAGGAGAGAAGCUGUAAAAAGUGGGUUCAAGUUACCUUAGCUAAUAUCUUUUUAUUUUUCUCAGUUCCUUUAGCCAGCCAGCAAGCCAAGGUGAUUGACAAAAACACAGACCUGAAUGUCCGGCAUUAUGUUGGUGAGAUGGGAGUCGACUUCUGGGACAAAAAAGUAUGGGAAAAAGAAUUCAAUGACAACAAUAUUUUGGUGAUGACUGCAGAGAUUUUUCUCAAUCUUUUACUCCACAGUUACAUAAAAUUAUCACAAGUAAAUCUUCUGAUCUUUGAUGAAUGCCAUCAUGCCACAAAGAAUCAUGCAUACAAGCAGAUCAUGGAGUGCUUUGUUGACUGCAAGAAAACUGACCAUCCAAAGAUCAUGGGUCUAACAGCAUCUGUAGUAAAUAAAAAGGUGAAACCAUGGAACAUUGAAUCAGAAAUGCGAGAGCUGGAAUGCACACUAAGGUCAACAUGUGAGACAAGCCAGGAUGAAGAAGUUGAGAAGUUUGCUGCAAAACCAAAUGAACUGGUCUUGAAAUUUUCAAAUGCCGACAUUGAUGACAACACAAAGAUGUUAAUUCAAAUACUUCAAGAUGUUUUGAGUCCAGGAAUGGGGUUUCUUUUAGACUGUAAGGUGCGGCGUGAGGGUCCUUCAGGGAAUGCUCACUGGUAUGCAAAGUAUACAUUCAGAGAGUGUCAAGAGACCUUAUCAGAAUUGGGUCCCUGGGCAGCCAACAAAGUUGCUGGUCACUUAAUCAAGGAUCUGGGUAUGGUGCAAUGUCUAUUACUUGUACAGUAUUUUGUAAAUAAAAUCAAUAAAAAUGAAACUACUCAUGGAGACUAUAAAUUUGCUGAGGUUGCCACCCCAAGCCCUCCUUGUACUUUAAACUUCUGGAAGAAUUUGUGAGGCUGUAUACUGUUGUACUCAGCUCAAACCAUCUUUCAGCCUAACCCAAGUCUAAUUAGAAGACUCUGUUUGAGCUAAAACGAGUUAAAGUAAUUAAAUCUUGAAAAAUAAUAAUUAAAAUAAUAUUAUUAUCCUUUAACCUUUAUAGAGAGAGCGUGCAUAUUUCAAGACAGCAAGGAAGGAAGAAUGCUUUGUGAGUUUAGUGCAACACAGCUGCGACUACUACAAAGUGUGUAUCACAAUUACACAUCUGCUGGCAGUGAAGAUGCUGGAAGCACUGAAGAGUUCUACAUCAUGCCUAAACUACAGCUGCUGCUGUCUGUUUUAAGAGAAUUUGGGAAUUCACAAAACAGUGGUAAGAUAUUUCAAAGUUAAUUCUCGUACUUGUAACAAAAUGCUUGGUAAAACAGCUGUCACAAAAAUGACCAUCAUCUUCCUCAAAAUUUGGUUCCACCAUUUUUGAGGAAAUAAUAUGCCAGUUGAUAUGUAACCCUUAUUUGCAGUAAAAAAAAUAUAUGGGAAGUAGGGAAAACCAAAUGAUGCAAUCAAUGCUGUUGUACGUGGACCCUCACCAAGCCUGACCCCCCCCCCCCAAAAAGAAAGAAAAUGUUGGGCUCAUUUUGUUCUCCCUCUGUGAUCUUAAAGGUUGCUUCAAAAUGGUUUUAUUUGGUAGGAAUUGUACAAUAGUUGCAUAAUGCACAUGGUCAAGUAGCCUGAAUUUCAGCUGCGUCUCAAAGCUCUUAAAUUGUGGUCUUGCUAUAAUGAACACCAAAUUUUGGCUUUUCUGUGACUGAAGGUCCCUUUGUGAAAACAGAACUUGUUGAUAUGCUGACUGACUGUGAAAAAGCUCCUUGGCAUCAAGAUGUACAUUAGCAUAAUAAUAAUAAUCAUCAUCAUCAUCAUCAUCAUCAUGUUAUUGAUUUAUAGAGAACGAGCUUUGUGGCAUAGUCUUUGUAGAAAGGCGAUACACAGCACUGGUCCUCAGUAAGCAGAUUAACAUUGCUGCAAAGCUAUAUCCUGAGCUCUCUUUUAUCAAAAGCAACUUUGUGAUUGGACACGGCACGGGAGGGAAAGUUAAUUACUCCAAUGAAACAGAGAUGAACUUCAAAAAGCAAGAAGAGGUACUGCGACAGUUCAGGCUUCAUAAAUUCAACCUUUUGAUUGCAACUUGUGUUGUUGAAGAAGGAUUAGACAUUCCAAGGUGCAACUUGGUGUGCCGGUUUGAUUUUCCGACGACGUUUCGCUCCUAUGUGCAGUCAAAAGGCCGAGCGCGUGCCAAGGAUUCCAACUAUAUCAUCCUUGUGGAUGAAGAAGAGUACGAGGAAAAGCAAGGCGAAUUGGAGGUAGAUUUUGUUGAUCAAAUAGUUUUUGCAUAAAUAAGGAGUUUAAGCAACGACGACCAUGACGACCACUGCAACAGGAACCGCAAAAAAGCAGCAAAACAAUUUUGCACGUGCAGCACACUUUUUUGAACAUUUCUUUGCCGUCAUUGCACGACCACGACGAAAAUUGCCUAAAUUCACGUUUUUUUAGGACGUUGACUCAAGACAACGAUUUUCUAAUUCCUUUUACAAAUAAUUUUUAAAACUAGAGCCGUCCUUCAAAAUUCAAGUCAAGGAGAAAAUUCACCAACAUUUGACAAAAAAAAUGGCGUGGAAAAAGAGACGUUUUCCCCAUCGUCAUCAUCGUCGUUGUGUAAACUCCCUAAUGUUCCAGUUGAUGGGGAACUCUCGGGGAGGGGGGAGGGGUCCAUGUUAUCCUUUCCCUUUUUCCACUACUCAUGUAAGCUUUCUCAGUAAUUGUGACUUUACUAUUAUGAAAUAGGAAGCUGAAGCAACGAGGACGGCGACGGCAAAGACAACGGCAAAAAAGCAAUCGGUUUACGAAACAACAACUUUACAAGUGCCUUUUUUUGUACAUUUCUUUGCCGUCGCUGUACGACUACAACGUGAAAGUGCCUUAGUUCGCGUUUUGUCUGGGACAUGAACACAAGACAACGACUUCCUUUUUUCUUUUCCUGAACUUUGAUAAUUCAACUUCAGAAAAAUUUGCCCGAACAUUUGACGAAUUGAACAAGUUGGAAUAAACGCGAUAAAGUGUGAAGUAGCGCGAAUUCACAUUGAAAGAGACGCUUUCGUAGCCGUUGCCUUCGUUGUUGCUUAAGUUUUCUAUUAUGAAGAUCGUCUUAAGUAGCGGUUUAGCAGUAUUUAGAUAGGUUGUGGAUCCAGCGGCGUCUUUUUAAGGACGUCGGCAACGAAGUUGUCAAAGAACAACUGGUUUUAGCAAAACAACAGAAAUACAUGUGCGUCGCACUUUUAGUUUUCAUAUUUGCUUUCUCUGCACGACUAUGUCAUAAUUUUUUUAUCUGGGACGUUUAAUAGAGAAGCUGAGGGCGUGUUCUUUCCCUUAAACUUGGGUGCCGUCCCAAACGAUUCAACUCCAGGAAAGUGCGCAAAUUUGCUCCCAUGUUUUCACACGCUGCGAUCAGAUUCAUUCAGAUUCAUCUUUUCCUUCAAAAACAAAUUUUAAGAUGUGGUCGAUUAUAUUUUGGAAUCCAAAUAAAAAAAUUCCUGAAAUUUUCUAUUAUUAUAUUGCCACCUAAAUUCGUGAAAGUCGAAAAGCUGAAGCGUCUUGAUUUGAAAAAAUUAAAAAAAUAAAAAGUUGCUCCUAUCAGAAAAAUUUAGGAUGGAAUAAACAAUUUCUGUGGUGACAAACUGAAAUUCCUCCUGACUCUGUCGUCGAGUUGCGCUUAAAUAGCGCAGUUCAGUUUUUGAAGGGAUGUUUGUCCAGACCAGACAUUUUCAAAAUGAAAUGGUUCCUUUGGAGAGCUUAAUUAAAACCUAUUUAGGAAUAUACCGAAAUGGCCUGACAUUUCUGCCAAAUGGUGAAAUUCUUUUUGCAAAUGAACCAUUCAAAACAGCCAGUUCAGACUAUUCUGACUAACUUGGUACAGGUCCUAAUAUUCAGCUUCCCUUCAGAUAACACGGUGUUGCUUUUAAUCGUCAGAGGAUGCGUGACAUUGAAGAUAUUCUAUCAGAGAAAUGCCAUGGCCGUGAAGAGCCUACGAAUGAAGAGUGUGACGAGGUAGCAGACGCGGACACUUUCUUACCUCCAUACAAACCUGAGAAUGGUGAAGGAGCGAGAGUCACUAUGAGCAGCAGUGUUUCUCUUCUUACCAGGUAAUUGCAUUUUUCCAGCUCUCGACUGGCCACGUGCGUUUUCCCGCUAAUCUGGCUAUAAUAUUCUGAGAAAACAGCGAACAUUUAGCGACGCUACGACUGGUUUCCCCGCGAAAUGACGCAUGAGGGACAUGCGUUGAAAUUCCAUACUGAUGAGGUGUCACUGCCCAGAUCUGGGGGCGAUUAUGAUUGGUUGAAGCAAAUUUCUCUCGCGGCACGACCAAUCAAAAGUACUACCCAGAUCUGGGUAGUCACACGUCAUCAGUAUGAAAUUUCUACGCUCUUUCCGCAGACGUCAUUUCGCGGGGAAUUAUUUUAGGAAAUUGUGAGUAGGGGUAUGAGUUGGUGAGGUUGGUUACGAUGAUCCCCCUCCCCCCAUCUGCUCCGCCGCCUUUGUUUAGGGUCUUAAACGAACGCGCUGUUUUUAAAUAUAGGGAAUGGCAGGAAGCACCUUUUCUAACACUUCACUGUUUCUGUUACUAUACUUUAGAUACUGUUCCAAGCUGCCAGGGGACAGAUUCACACAUCUCAGCCCAAUUUACAAGUUUGAGGAAGUUGGAAGAAAUGUUUAUUUGUGUAAAUUGGAACUGCCAAAUAACUGCCAGCUGCGAAGAACUAUAUAUGUGAGUGCAAGAAAGAAUAAUGAUUACUGCCCUGACUCUGACUGUAAUGGACUGAAGACUUGUUACCUUUAAUAGUCCACAUUAUUUUUAGCUUUAGGCUUCUAACCUCACCAAAAGAAUAGCAAAAGUGGCUGUUUCACUGAAGCAUCUCUGCUAAACUCAUGCACCACAAAAGCGUUUAAUGUUUAACAACGAUCGUCAUUGAGUUCCGCUGGACACUACACGGUCAGUUCAUCCCUCCUUGAGUUAAACAAAAACAACACUUGACAACUUUUCUCUUUAUUCCAACAGGGUAUUCCUAUGCCACGAAGAAACCUCGCUAAAAUGGCUGCCGCUUUCUAUGCCUGCGUAGAACUUCACAAGAUUGGCGAACUUGACGAUAAUCUGUUGCCAGUCCGCAGUUUAUCGGAUGAUGAAAGUGAUUCAGAAGAAGAGGAGGAAGGGUCCGCUGGGAAGAAGAGAGUAAAAGCAGGAACAAAGAAACGAAAGCGGUGUAUCAAAGAAAGGUAAGGACAAUCGGAGGAUAACUCAGUAAUGCAAAGAAUUAUGGGUCUAUAUCUCCAGGCACACAGAGUGUAAAGCGCGUGAUGAGCGAUGCGCUUCAGGCAAGAGUUGAAGUGUUUUGCCUCCACCCUUCUCUCGCUACAACCUCGGUAACUCGUAACAAUACUCAUUAGACUAACAAACCUUAGGCUGAACUUGCGCUCUGUGUUUGGUAGCGGUUGCAUUCUAAUAGUUAGUUGUUAAGCACCAUGGCAUGACUGACUUCCGCGAUAUUUGACUGUAAUUCUUUCUUUUCUUUUUGCUUAACUAGGUUCCUCGGGUAUUCAGAGGUAGCUUGCCACAGAGGAGUCAGCCUCAGUACCUUACGACUAUAACUAUCACCAAACUUACCAGCCAACAGGGCCUUGAUGUGACCCAGCGAUACUUUACAGAUGGUGUCUGCCGCCUGUUUGGUUUAUUGACGAAUGUUCCUAUUCCAGCGGUUAGUUUUAGUUCAGUCACUGUUACUGUGGAGUAAAAUGUUCUCCUCAGAUGUAAGCGUCGAUUUUAAGCUGCUAUGCUUUUGUUUUCAUAGUAAAACUUUGAUCUUUAAUGUCUCAAGAUAGUCAAAAAGUGUACAAGAAAAUUGCAUGAAUCGAAAAAACAAAACUAUAAGUAAAUACUACCACGAAAGGAGUGUCAUGAAAAUGGUUUAUAAGUUGAUACAGACAGUCACAGCCUACUAGUCAACAGAAAUUCACAGUUUCAACCUGGCAAUGAAAUACUGGGUAAAACUGAAUUCAAUAUUAUAUGUUAGUUCAGACAUUGUUACAGAUCCUAAAUAUACGGGUUAAACAAGAAGAACUUGCCUGCGUAGUAAGCGUUUCCGUGCGGUUUCGGAGCAAAGAAUGAGGAACAAGAGUCAAACAGCGCACGAAAGAUGGCUCUCGUUUCAUUUCUUGCAUAGCCAAAACCGAAAAUCCCGUUCCUCGGUCUUUCUUUGCUCCGAAACCAAACGGAAAACGCUUGCUACGCAGGCUAAAAAAAAUUGAUUGAUUGAUUUUUAUUGUCUGACUGAUUGUUGAUUUAAUUAUAGUCGAUUAAUUAACGUCGUUUACUUAAAUCCACAGGUGAGGUCAUUCAAACUUUAUCCCGACUAUGGAGAAGUUACAGUAACGAUAAAAUGCCACAAGGCACCACUGCGCACAAGGAUGACACGACAAGGCUUGAAAAUUGUUCAAAACUUCCAUUGUUUCUUGUUCAGUCAAGCUCUUCGUGAGUCCGUUAAAUUUAAACCUACAGGGUCCGACGGCAGUUCAGAUGGUUAUUUUGUUGUUCUUAUGAAACCUAAUGGGUAUGACGUGGACUAUGAUUCUAUGCGCCAUGCUUUAACAAGGCAAACUUCACUGAGACCUCUAACCGGUGAAACCUGCAAGAUUGACGUUGACAUGGUGGUCUCAAAAAAUUACAUGGAGUCUCGACAAAAGUUUGCGGUUUUAAACGUGAGCCAUGAUCGGAGUCCUAUGUCACCCUUCCCAGACAAAUCCAAAGCCAAAACGUUUGAAGGCUACUUCUGGGGAAAGUACGGAAAAUCCUUCCGGACCAUGAAACAGCCUCUCAUUGAAGUAAAAGACAUUUCUGGAAGGGUGAAUUUCCUGGUGGACAGAAAGGUGGCAGCCAAGAGUAAGCGCGACGUUAUUGAACUUUUC